CAGAAAUUUGUCGAUUUGUAUCAUAAAGGCGGAUUGAAACUGGAAAAAGCAUUUGUUUGUCUUAUAAACAACAGUACUAGGGAUGGGAGAUAAUAUCGAUAUUUUUUCGGUGUCGAUUAAUGACUAUUGAAUUUUGAGCAGACAUACAAAAAGUAGCAAUCACUGAAAAAACCCUAUUAGGUUGAAAAUUAAACCAGACAUUCGGGUGUGCAUUUGAUACCUUCAUAUACGGCCUUAUAAAGGUACUAGAUCUGAUUUAGGUUGGGGCCUAACUAUCGAAUUUUGUCUCCAUGUAUUAUUUGUUGUGUUGCAUCUUUGGCUUCAAACUUUUGACAAAUGACAUUCCGGUGUUUUGAGGUUAUAUUUUGACAUGCGAAGAAACGGCGAACAGCGUGCAUUCUGCAUUGUUUGUCGUAUUCCUAAAGGCUUUUAUUAAAAGAUGUUGCGUAGGCAAGCUCGCCUCAGGCGAGAAUAUUUGUACAGAAAAACAGUAGAGGAUAGACAGAAAUCAAUACAAGAAAAGAAAGACCGCGUCAAAAAGAGCCUAGAGCAGAAUAUUCCAAUACACGGUGAUAUCCAGAAAAAGGCACUACACUAUGUAAAUAAAUUAGAAUGGGAGGAUUGUGGACCUGAAGCCUCAGCUCUUAUAGGAGGAGUAAGUGGCGGUACAGUAGCAGACUCGAUUGACGAUGAAUACCGUUAUGCAGGUGUUGAAGAUCCAAAAAUAAUCAUAACCACGUCUAGAGAUCCUAGCUCCAGAUUGAAGAUGUUUGUAAAAGAGCUACGAUUGAUCUUCCCCAAUGCGCAAAGAAUGAAUCGUGGUAACUACGAGAUGAAACAACUAAUGCAUGCUUGCAGAGCCAAUGAUGUCACAGAUUUCAUAAUCGUCCAUGAGCAUAGAGGAGUUCCAGAUGGACUGGUGAUCUGCCACUUGCCCUAUGGACCUACAGCAUACUUCAGUAUGUCAGAUGUUGUGAUGAGGCAUGAUAUUCCUGAUAUAGGUACUAUGUCAGAACAGUAUCCACAUUUGGUUUUUCAUAAUUUUAAGACAAAGUUGGGAGAACGGGUGAUGAGUAUUUUGAAGUAUCUGUUUCCAGUGCCGAAGGAGGAUUCAAAAAGGGUGAUCACACUUGCAAACCAUGAUGAUCACAUUAGUUUCAGGAACCAUACAUACAAAAUUGUAGAUAAACAGGUUGAACUAAGCGAGUUGGGACCUAGAUUCCAGUUGAAAUUGUACGAGAUAAAAUUAGGCACCUUGGAUACUGUGGAUUCUGCUGAAACAGAAUGGGCGCUUAGACCUUACAUGAACACAACAGUGAAGAGAAGAUUUCUUAGUGAUGAAGAUGGGUGGAAGCAAGAUGAUGAUGAAGAUGUUGAUUAAAUAUUUUUAUAUCUUUUAUAAUAAAAUGCAAAAAAUGUAAUUGAAGUGCCUAUUAUUUAACAUACUUCUUUGAAUAAAUUAUUGAUAUC